CAGAAGCACGGAGGAAGAACCCUUAAAAAGUUGCUGAAACGACCCAAAAAAUUGCAAAAUCCGGUUAUGAUUGGGGAAGGCGCCCAGGCUUGGCGCGCUUAAUCAUCCGGUGGUGGCUGCUGCCGAUUUGGGAAGGGCAGCAAGAAAUAGGGUCAGCCUUUCUCGACCUGCUCGUUUUUUCAUCCUUGCUUUCCUUCCUCCCUUCGCUUCGUGUGACGGCUAGCAAAGUUGGAUAUGCAGGGUUCUCCCGAUGCCAGCAGUGCGUCUGACGACCUUUCAUCCCAGCCCGGUGCCGACCUCGUUCCAGCCGGCAACUUGAAGAUCGCUAUCCCUCGGCUGGCCGCCCCAUCCGUCAAGGCGAAUCAGCAGCGCACGGCACGCGCCUGUGUCGCCUGUCGCGCCAGGAAGACCAAGUGCGACGGUCGCAAGCCCGUGUGCCGGCAAUGCCGCCGUCUCGAGCUGGUCUGUAACUACGCCGGCUCCAAGCGAGAACGCCAGCAGUUGGAGCUCGAGUCCGUCCGGACCAAGGUUGCCUCCUACGAAUCGCUCCUGCGCGACAUCGUCGCCGAAAGUAGCCGGCAAGGCGCUUCUGCCAUUGGGGACCUUAUCGAUAAACACUUCCAAGCAUCUCCGGAUGUCUUCGCGUCGCUUCUAGCGGCCAGAUCCUUAUCGGAUCCUCAAAUACUACCGCGGCCACAACCGGGGAUUUCUUUACACCGCAUGCACCUAACAUUGGCCGCUAAAACUCGCAGUAACAGCACCAACCACUCUCUUGCCGACACUCCUCUGGUCCAGGUCAGCAAUAUCCAGUUCUGGACGGACCUCGUUAACAACACUACCGCUAGCCAUCUCCUCUCCCUCUACUUCGCCUGGGAGAACCCAACAUGGCAUCUCGUCGACCAGGAGAUGUUCAUUCGUGAUCUGGAGGCCGGGAGGAAGAAGUUUUGCUCCUCGCUUCUGGUCCACACGCUUUUAUUUUUCGGCUGUGUAAACGCCACUGCAAGCUCUUCUUAUCAUUUGGGGCGUAUCACAGAUCGCCGAGAGGAGAAGGCCCUGGGCAAGAGGUUGUACUCCGCCUUACAGCACCUUUGGCAGUCGGAAAAGGAUGACGCCGGCCUUCCAACGGCGCAGUCCAGUAUCAUGAUCGGACUUCUUUGCUGCACCUUUGGCAUCGACCGCCUGGGGACCAGAUACAUCAUGCACGGGGCUCAACUCAGCCGGGACCUGGGGCUUCACCGCGAGUCGACCCCCUACUUCUCUAGUGAUGUGGAGGCCGAUGCCGGGCCGAUGUCCCGGUGUCAUAAGUUCGUUGCAUGUGGCAUCUUCGACGUGCAGGCACUCGCCGCGCAGGUUUAUCGAAAGACGCCAGUCUGGGACCAGCCGCCGGUCGCUAGCUUCUCUCGGGAAGAAGCUGCUGUCCUAGAUGAAGGCGACGAAUGGAAGCCAUAUCCUUACCUGACCCCUGUCUUUCGGCCCUUCUUCUACACUGCUUCGCACUUUCGCAAUGGCUUGGUAGCGAUAGUCAACGAAAUCGCUGGCUUCGCGUUAAAGUUCCCGGACGCAACUCUGAAUCUAGACGACUGGGAAUACGGCCGUCGGACGUAUCAGAGGCUACGAGAGUGGCGGGCAGGUUUACCGUCCGUCGUGUUACCAGAUGAAAACACCUCGCCGCACAUUCUCACCCUCCACAUGUACUACCAAGCGACAAUCGUGUCAUUGUGCGAAAUAUUUAAUCUAAAUAUCGAUCCGAGCAAUCACCCAGCAGAUCCUGACUUCGACACACAAGCCAUCAAAUUGCGAGCUCUGGAUAUUAUUGGAUCCCUCAUCCUUCUGUUUCAAACCGCCCAUGGGCUCAAAUCGGUCCCGAUCGUGAUGCUACACUACUUCUGCGUGGGCGGCGUUCACGCCAUCUCGCAAUUGCGCCCUCUUGAUAUGAAGUGGAGUCUCGUUCUGGAAAGCUGCGUGGUCGGCCUGUGGCACCUCAGCCUAGGAUGGGGCCGCCUCUGCACUGCAUUUCUCCGGACUAUUGAGCUUGUCAUGAAAGCCACCAAACCGGAUCCUACCCUCGUGCCGCCCAAGGUGACAGCCGUCUUGCAACUAUUGAGCACCAACCUCUGGACGGCGACGGAUGUCUCUUCCCUGGCAGCCGACUAUGUGGUGUACCAUGUUCCGGCUCUUGCGGGACAUGCAGGGGCACAAACAGGGUCUGAGUUUCGUGCUCAAGGACUGGAAAGCCUGAUCCGCACAAUGGACAAUUUCUCUAUCAGCUAG